AUGCCUAAGAUUACCGAAAUCUUCUUUGAUUGCGACAACACCCUAGUCCUCUCUGAGGAGCUGGCCUUUGAGGCAUGCGCCGACCUUACAAAUGAGAUUCUGGAAAGCCGCAAUAUCUCUGAUCGCUACACAGGGGAGCAGCUGAUCCAAGACUUCGUCGGUCAGAACUUCCGUGGAAUGCUGAUCUCCCUCCAAGCCAAGUACGACUUCGAGAUCCCUCAAGACGAACUCGAAGCAUUCGUUAAGAAGGAGGAGGACAAAGUCAUUGCUAAGCUGGAAGCGAAAGCCCAACCUUGCGUUGGUGCCAACGAGGAACUUGAGAAGUUGUACGAGGCCAAGAAGUACCACUUGGCAGUUGUCUCCUCAUCUGCCUUGCGCCGUGUCCAGGCCUCCAUCAAGAAAGUGGGGCAGGACAAGUUCUUUGACGAGGAUAUGGUCUUCAGUGCUGCGACCUCUCUCCCCAAGCCCACCUCCAAGCCCGACCCAGCCAUCUACCUCCACGCCCUUGAAAAGUGCAAUAAGAAGCCGGAAGAGACUGUUGCUGUCGAGGACAGCAAGUCUGGCGCUCUUAGUGCUAUCCGUGCCGGCAUUCACGUCAUCGGUUACGUUGGCAGCUACCCCGGCGAUGAGAAGAAGGUCGAAAUGGCGAAAUUCCUCAAGGAACUUGGUGCCAAAGUCAUCAUGAAGGACUGGUCAGAGUUCGAGGAUUGUCUCUCUCAAGUCGAAUCGGCUUGA